UGUCCCCCGGGAACGGGGCCCCCAGCACUCAGCUCCCCGGCCCAGGAGCAGCACCCUCACCUGCUCCCGCUCUCGCUGCCCGGUGCCAGGAGAGGCGAUGGCCGGAGGAUGGGGCGUCCCGCUGGUGCUGCUGGCUAUGCUGACCCUGCAGGGAGCGGGGGCCAUCAAGGUGAUGAACAUGAUCCACCAAGCUGAGUUCCAGCAGCGGAUGGAGCCGCUGCAGCAGGAGGAUGGGGAAUUCCUGGAGGGGUUCAACGCUGAUGAGGUGUUCCACGUGGACCUGCAGAAGCAGGAGACCGUCUGGCGCCUGCCCGAGUUCAGCAGCUACACCUUCUUCGAGGCGCAGAGAGCCCUGCAGAAUGCGGCUACAAACAAACACAACUUGGAGAUCCUGAUGAAAAGGUCCAACCGCUCGCAGGCAACCACCGUGCCACCCGAGGUGAUGGUGUUCCCAAAACACCGAGUGGAGCUGGGGGACCCCAACGUCCUGACCUGCUACGUGGACAAGUUCUGGCCCUCUGUGAUCUCCAUCACGUGGCUGAGGAACGGGCAGGAGGUGACGGACGGCGUCCUCGAGACCGUUUUCUACCCACGGGAGGACCACUCCUUCCGCAAGUUCUCCUACCUGCCCUUCAUCCCCACCCGCGGGGACUACUACGACUGCCGCGUGGAGCACUGGGGGCUGCCCACCCCCCUGCUGAAGCACUGGGAGCCCCAGCUGCCCCUCCCCGCCUCUGAGAGCACCGAGACCCUGGUGUGCGCCCUGGGCCUGGCCGUGGGCAUCGUGGGCAUCAUCGUGGGCACCAUCCUCAUCAUCAAGGCCAUGAAGAUGAACAGCGCCCGCAACCAGCGGGACCCCUUGUGAGGGGUCAGAACCCCAGGGGGCCCUCCCAGCCCUGCGCCCCCUGCCAGCCCCUGCCCUCACGUCCCAGCUCCAUCGCCACGGCCGAGCCACGCACCCCUCCUGCCAGCUCCAUGCUCCACGGUCCCACCCUGAGCCCUUCACCCUAUGCUGUGCCCCGUGCCCCAGCCCUGCCACCCACAUCCCUGCGCUGAACCCCCCAGCCCCGCUCCACCCCACCGGUGCCCCCCUGCCGUGCCCUGUGGGCACCCCGCUGACCGGGGCUCUGGCGUCCCAGGUUCUGGGGAGCUUCCAGCAGCAGUAAAGGUGGUUGGGGACGGCCGGCCACCAC